AUGUAUAGACUGGGCAGCCGCAGCUUGGGCUCCGCCCUUAGAAGCGUCAAGAACACACCAGUACGGAGCUCGAUCCAAUUCCAGCAAACACAACGGAGGAACCUCAGCAUUCACGAAUACCUCUCCGCAAAUCUCCUAAAGCAAUACGGGAUCGGAGUGCCGGCUGGCGAGGUUGCAAAGACACCGGAAGAAGCUGAAGCGAUAGCGAAAAAGAUUGGCGGAGAUGAUAUGGUCAUAAAAGCCCAGGUGCUGGCCGGUGGCCGAGGCAAAGGAACCUUUGACAAUGGCCUGAAAGGUGGUGUCAGAGUGAUUUACUCUCCGACAGAAGCCAAGAUGUUUGCAGGUCAAAUGAUCGGUCAUAAGCUUGUCACCAAGCAAACUGGUGCUCGAGGUCGCAUCUGCAACUCGGUCUACAUCUGCGAACGCAAAUUUGCCCGCCGAGAAUUCUACCUAGCCAUCCUCAUGGACCGAUCCACCCAGAGCCCCGUCAUUGUAGCCUCAUCGCAAGGUGGAAUGGACAUUGAAACCGUGGCCAAGGAAACCCCCGAGGCGAUCAUCACCACCAACAUCGACAUCAACAAGGGUGUGACGGAUGAUAUUGCCAGACACAUUGCUACAGAACUUGGAUUCAGCGAGCAAUGUAUCGAAGAUGCAAAGAACACAAUCCAGAAGCUAUACAAGGUUUUCAUCGAGAAGGAUGCAACACAGAUUGAAAUCAACCCCUUGAGCGAGACCAGUGAUCAUCAAGUGCUGGCAAUGGAUGCCAAGCUUGGUUUCGAUGACAAUGCUGAAUUCAGACAAAAGGAGGUCUUCAGCUGGAGAGAUACUUCGCAAGAAGACGCCGAUGAAGUCAAGGCUGCCGAACACGGCCUCAAUUUCAUCAAGCUUGAUGGUGACAUUGGCUGCCUGGUCAAUGGCGCCGGUCUAGCCAUGGCGACUAUGGAUAUCAUCAAACUCACUGGUGGAUCGCCGGCCAAUUUCUUGGAUGUUGGUGGUGGUGCAACCCCGGAAGCCAUCAAAUCCGCAUUCACUCUCAUUACUAGUGACCCUAAGGUGACAGCAAUCUUUGUCAACAUUUUCGGCGGUAUCGUGCGAUGUGAUGCUAUUGCACAGGGUUUGAUCAAUGUGGUUGAGCAAAUGAACCUACGGUUGCCUAUCGUAUGCAGAUUGCAGGGCACAAAUAUGGAAAAGGCUGCUGAAUUGGUCAACAACUCAGGCCUAAAGAUCUUCUCGAUUACGGAUCUUCAAGAGGCCGCCGAGAAAGCCGUUGAUUUCUCAAAGAUUGUAAAGAUGGCUCGCCAGAUUGAUGUUGGCGUGGAGUUCUCACUUGGUAUUUAA